AUGCCUUCCCAAGAGAUAAUUGAACAACAGAGGCAGCACGACGACCUGCUUGUCAGCGAGUUGUUCGAAAAGAUCAGGGAGUUCCGCCGCGAAGGAAAAGCAGCGCGAGCUCAGCAAGAACUGUACCGCCGUCGCCUUCGAAAUUACUACGCGGAUCUAAGAGAGGAAGCAGCCGAGGAGCAAGACGAUAAUGGAGAAAGCUCGCGCCAAACCGAUACCGCCAACCCCAACAUUCCGAGACGAUGUGCACACUGCAAGAACUUAAAGAUCAGCGACCAGUGCCUGAAGAAGGGCGGAUGUCUCGUUGACAAGGACCAGCGACCUGCAUAA